AUGUCUCGUCUUGGCAAUAUUCCCGAUGCAUCUCUGGUUCUACCUCGUGUUCCUGAUUGUCAGCAUUGUGGAGCGAAAAGGUUCCAUUUGGAACCUCCUUCCUUUUGCUGUUCAGGAGGAGAGAUUUCUAUCGUUGCUCCUCCAAUGCCUUACGAUUUGAAACGUUUAUUCAUUGGCAACGAUGAAGAGAGUGCUCACUUUAGGACCAUUGUUCGCACUUAUAACAACAACCUUGGCUUUACAUCUUUUGCUGCAAAGUAUGACUCUGAAUUAACAAAGAACACAAAAGGUGUCUAUACCUUCCGUGUUCAAGGUCAGGUUUACCACUUUCUUGAUGGUCUUGUUCACUUAGGUGAUCGACCAUCUGGAAUCCAAUUAUAUUUUUUUCACACUGCUGAGGAAUUAACAAAGAGGCUUGGUAACUCAGAUAAACUACGCGAAAGCACUUUAAAACUGCUUAUGCGCAUCCUUUCUGACAAUCCUUAUGCUCGGUUCUUUAAAGGCCUUAGGGAUGUUCCACACCUUGACAGCCUGAACAUUAUCCUUAAUUGUUAUCCUUCACUUGACCAGCGAGUAUAUAACCUUCCCUCAGCCUCGCAAGUAGCAGCUAUAUGGACUGAAAGUGAAGAUCAGUCGUCCGAUAGGCGCGCUCAUAUUCAGGUUUAUUCUCGCUCGGCUGGUAGCCAUAGGAUUCAACAUUACUAUGGCUGUUACGACCCUUUACAGUACCCUCUCCUUUUCCCUCGUGGUGAGUGUGGCUGGCACCAUGGAAUUAAAAGGCUUUGCAAGAGGCAAAGAGGAGGGGACGCUUGUGAGAAUGAUAUUAACAUUGAUCCAACUUCAGUUAGCUCCUCAUCGGAGUUAAUCGAUUUAGAACAAAGAGCUGCUGACCGAGGAAAAACAGAGGAAGGUACUGUAUCUGCUAGGGAGUACUACUGUUAUAGGUUCCAAAUAAGGGACAUGAUGAGUCAAUGCUGUUACACACUCUUAGGCUUACAGCAGUUUUCAGUUGAUGCUUAUGUCAAGAUUGAAACAUGUAGGCUUGACUUUCAUAGGCAUCGACAAAACAAUAUACGUUCCGAAAUUCUGCAAGGAGUUCUGGACAGUGUUUCUGUUGGCCAGACUGCUGCUUCUAAGGAAAAUUUGAAAUACCAUGAAAAACCUCAGGAUCGGCCAGACCUUCUCGCUAGAGUUUUUAGAGCCAAGUUUGAAAUGCUUAAAGCAGAAAUUCUCAAUAAGCAGAUCUUCGGCGAGGUUUCAGCGUGUGUUUACGUGAUUGAGUUUCAGAAACGCGGCUUUCCUCAUGCCCAUUUAUUAUUGAUCUUAAAACCUGGUCAUAAGCUGCUUAAUCCAGAGUCGUACGACAAAGUAGUUUGUGCUGAGUUGCCCGACAAAGAUAGAUAUCCUCACUUGUAUUCUCUUGUUGUGAAACAUAUGAUCCAUGGUCCUUGCGGAGCCAUGGAUACAUCUUGUCCUUGUAUGAGAGAUGGAACCUGCAAAAAUCGCUAUCCAAAGAGCUUUUGUUCUCAGACGACUCAUGGUGAGGAUACCUAUCCGUGUUAUAGGAGAAGGGAUGAUGGCAAAAGAGUGAAGGUUCGUAGAUUUACUCUUGAUAAUAGGUGGGUUGUGCCUUACAACCCUUACCUGCUUGCUUUAUUUGAUUGCCACAUCAAUGUCGAAAUUUGUUCUACUCUUAAGCUCGUGAAGUACUUGUAUAAGUAUGUUUUCAAAGGACACGAUCAAGUGAGCUUUAAGAUUAUUUCCUGUGCAUCAGCGGAUGAUAUUGAUGAAAUAAAAGACUUCCAGAAAGGUAGAUGGGUUUCACCCCCAGAAGCUUUUUGGCGCAUUUAUGAAUUUAAGUUGAGCGAAAUGACCCCGGCAGUUUACACCCUUCAGAUUCACCUUCCAGAUCAGCAAUUCAUUUCCUUUGACAAGAACUCUGACUUGCUGCAAUUACUGAGUAAAAUUGACUUUUCAAAGACAAUGUUAACUCAGUUUUUUCGCAUGAACAGAACCAAUCCUAAAGCACAGAAUCUGAAAUGCUUGUACAGAAAUUUUCCUGAGCAUUUUGUUUGGUCUGGUAAAUAUAAAGAGUGGACUGAAAGAAAGCGUCGAAAGGUGAUCGGUCGCAUGGUCACUGUUAGUCCAAAGGAAGGAGAAAGAUAUUAUUUGAGGUUGCUUUUGACACACAUUGCUGGCCCGACCUCUUUUGAAGACCUUUUGACUGUUAAUGCACAGAGAUUAGGUUCUUUUAGAGAAGCUGCUUUAGCUCUUGGCCUUCUACAAUCCGAUGCUUAUAUAGAGGAGACACUUCAGGAAGCGAUAGCAUUUCAAAUGCCGUCUUCAUUGAGGCUGUUGUUUGCCACUCUCCUUGUGUACUGUUCUCCAACAAAUCCUAAAUCGCUUUGGGAAAAAUUUGAACAUGAGCUUUCUGCUGACUAUCAUCACCAGCAGCCACUCCAUGGCUUUUCUUCAGCUGAAAUUAGGCGGAAAGUUUUGCAAGCUAUUAACAGUUCACUUGAACAAAUGGGGAAAAGCAUUACUGAUUUCCACUUCGUCUCUGACGAUUUUACAUGCAAUUAUGCUGAACGGUUAACAAAGGAGAUUGAAAGUGAGAAAAGCUUAGCAGUGACACCUGAGGAUCUGCUUUUGCCUCAGAUGCUAAAUUCUGAGCAAAAACAUGCCUAUGAUCUAAUCCUAGCAGCAUGUUUUUCCUUAGACGGCCAGGCUUUUUUCGUUGAUGGCCCCGGCGGCACCGGUAAAACGUUCCUGUAUCGGUCGCUUCUCGCGACCUUACGGUCGCAGAACCAUAUUGCAAUUGCAGUGGCAACAUCUGGAAUUGCAGCAUCGAUCCUUCCUGGUGGAAGGACAGCUCACUCGAGAUUCAAGAUACCACUUGAUUUCUCAAAAAGUAAGAGUUGCCAGCUUAGUAAACAAAGUUCUACUGCAAAACUCAUUUCAGAAUCUAAGCUUAUUUUGUGGGAUGAGGCUUCAAUGGCUAAGCGGGACACUAUUGAAGCCUUCGACGAAUUGCUGAAGGAUUUAAUGGACUCAGAUUUACCUUUUGGAGGAAAGGUAAUAGUUUUUGGAGGAGAUUUUCGACAGACCCUGCCUGUGAUUGAACAAGCAACUAAACAAGUUCUCAUCCAGUCGACCUUUCCCAUGUCUCCUCUGUGGCCUAAACUGCAUAAAAUCCGACUCGCACAAAAUAUGCGAGCUAUGUUUGAUCCUGAAUUUUCGCGAUUCCUUCUAAGAGUAGGAGAGGGAAGAGAGCCUGUUGAUGAUGAGGGUGAAAUAACUUUAUCAUCAGAUAUAGUUAUUCCUUAUUACGAUAAAGAGAAGUCCUUAAACAGGUUACUAGAAAGUGUCUUUCCAGAUUUGAACACCUAUUCACAAGAUCCUUAUAACCUAAUAAAUAGGUGCAUCCUUGCGCCUAAAAAUAGCUCAGUCGAUGAGCUCAAUGAAAUAAUGAUUAGGAGAUUUCCUGGAAGCCUUCAAACUUAUAUUAGCUCCGACAAGACUGUUGAUCAGCGGCACCAAGGUGAUUACGAAGACUUCCUCAAUUCUCAAAAUCCUAAAGGUCUUCCUCCUCAUAAGUUGCUGUUGAAGGAAAACUGUCCGCUGAUGCUUCUAAGAAAUCUAAAUCCAGCUGAAGGCCUUUGCAAUGGCACAAGGUUAAUAUGUAGGGAACUUGGCCAGCACACAAUUUCUGCUGAAAUUGUUUUUGGCCAUCAUCGAGGAAAAAGAGUUUUCAUUCCAAGGAUACCUCUUCAAACGCCUGACAAUGACAAGAAUGGGAUUCCAUUCAUAAGAACACAAUUUCCUGUCCGCCUUUGCUUCGCUUUAACUAUCAAUAAAUCGCAGGGCCAAACUCUUGACUACGUCGGCAUCUAUCUACGGGAACCAGUUUUUUCUCAUGGCCAGCUGUAUGUUGCUCUGUCCAGAGCUAAGACCGCUGCCAAAGUUAAAGUUCUUCUUGUUCCUGGAACAUUUGAUGACACAAAAGUAGAUUGCAAAACACGAAAUGUUGUCUUUGAUGAAAUUUUUAGAUUAGCUCAAGCCUAA